GAGCGGAUGGGUGGGUUCCUUAAACGGAAAGUAUGAGUCCCACCCAUUCUACUUAAGUACAGUCAAAACCGCGGCUGGUAAAAGAAGUAGUUCUUCCAGGAAGAGACUGAAAGCAGACUAUUAAUCAUGAGCUACCCUGGAUACCCACAACAGCCUGGGGCCUACCCUCAACAACCUGGGGCCUACCCUCCUCAGGCUGGAGGCUACCCGCCUCAGGCUGGAGGCUACCCUCCUCAGGGUGGUGGCUACCCUCCUCAGGCCGGUGGCUAUCCUCCUCAGGCCGGUGGCUAUCCUCCACAGGCCGGUGGCUACCCUCCACAGGCCGGUGGCUACCCUCCACAGGCCGGUGGCUAUCCUCCUCAGGCUGGUGGCUAUCCUCCUCAGAGUGGAGGCUAUCCUCCACAGGCUGGAGGCUACCCACAGGCACCACCACAAGGCAGUUGGGGAGGUGGCCCCGCUGGUGGAUAUCCCACCAUUGGUCUUGACCACUUAUCCAACCCUGGAUACAAUGCUGGCAUGCCAGGAGGGAACACACAACAUCCCCAAGGCCCAGGGAUGGCCUACCCUGGUCAGCCUGGGCAGCCUGGUCAGCCUGGGCAGCCAAUGCCUGGUUAUGGAGGAGCACCAGCACCUAUGCCAGGUUACCCUAAGGCGCCUUCACCAAAUCCAUCCAUGCCAGCCUACGGAGGAGGAGGAGGAGGUGGAGGUGGAGGUGGAGGAGGAGGAGGUGGAGGAGGAGGAGGAGGAGGAACCAUGCCAAUUGCUCCAGCUGUCAAUAAAGGAUUCAGGGGAACAAUCAAGGACUUUCCUGGAGCUGACCAACUUAGAGAUGCAGAGGUCCUGAGGAAGGCCAUGAAGGGCUUUGGAACUGACGAGCAAGCCAUCAUUGAACUACUGGGUAGUCGCUCCAAUAGGCAGCGUGUGCCUUUGCUCCGAGCCUACAAAACGUCCUACGGGAAGGAUCUGAUUAAGGACCUCCACUCUGAACUGUCUGGAGACUUCAGGAAGCUGGUCCUGGCCACGUUGAAGACCCCAGCUGAGUUUGAUGCCUCUGAGCUCCACUUUGCCAUAAAGGGAGCUGGAACCGAUGAGGCCUGCCUCAUAGAGAUCUUGUCUUCUCGCUCCAACACGGAAAUCAAAGAGAUAACCCGCAUUUUCAAACAAGAUCACAAGAAGUCCCUGGAGGACGCCAUUAGUGGGGAUACUUCAGGCCACUUCCGCAGGCUCCUGAUCUCUCUCGCACAGGGUAAUCGUGACGAACGGCCGAAUGUCGACAUCUCUCUGGCGAAACAAGAUGCUCAGGCCCUGUAUUCUGCAGGAGAAAACAAGCUUGGAACAGACGAGUCCAAGUUUAAUGCCAUUUUGUGUGCUCGGAGCAAACCCCAUCUCAGAGCAGUGUUUCUUCAGUACCAGCAAAUGACUGGCAGGGAUAUCGAGAAGAGCAUCAACAGGGAGAUGUCUGGAGACCUUGAGAGUGGCAUGUUGGCAGUGGUGAAGUGUAUUAAGAACACAAAUGCAUAUUUUGCUGAGAGACUUUACAAGGCCAUGAAGGGAGCUGGGACCAAGGACACAAGCCUGAUCCGGAUCAUGGUCUCCCGCUCCGAGGUUGACAUGCUGGAUAUUCGCCAGGAGUAUGUCAAAAACUACGGCAAGUCGCUGUACACGCACAUUUCUGGAGACACAUCAGGAGACUACAAGAAACUCCUCCUGAAGUUCUGUGGGGGCAGUGACUGAGGAAACAGUGACUACUACAUUAUACAUAUCUGUUCUCUGCCUUAUCUAUAUGCAUGCCAUGCCAUUACUCGCAAUGCAAUGAAUCUAGUAUAUUGCUAUGUUUUGUUUAAUUUCUUAAUACAGUAUGCACAAAAUUUUUGUAUUUUUUCACUGAUUAUAUCUUUGCUGGACAUUUGGGUUUAAUAUACCUGAUCAUACAAUAGAUUUGAAACAGAUUAAAUUAGAGUGCUUAUAUUUUUAAGAUGUUUUAUAUAAAUGUUGCCAAUAUUUGCAGAUUAUCUAAUGAUCUCUGCCAGUUUUAUCAGCUAAUUUUGUAAUGUUCAGCCAUGCUGAAUAAAGUGUAAUACAUAGAAUACAUAGCAGCUCAGUACCAAAGUUGUUUGUUCAUGUUUACAAUUGCAUAAUCUAUUCUAUAUUUUGUUUACCCUUUUUCAUUCAUCAUAGUUUGCAACAAAUGCUUUUAUUUGUAUUUGUACUCUUAGUUCAUCUUAUCGUAGCAUGUAAAACUUCAAGCAUCACAUUUCAUAAAUUGUUGAUGAUUAUAUCUUUUUGAGUCUCAGAAAAUAAUAAAUAUUCAGUGCUCACACUGGAAUUAUUUAUACAUACAUUGAAAUAUAAAUAGCAUAAAUGACCAGGCCUUAAGAUACAUUUGUUUAAAAUUGUAUCUCCCAUAUCCCUUCACUAGUUAACAAGAAAAUUAAUACCUCGGUAUAAUACCAACAGUUUUCAUCAGAUGGCACAAUAACCAAUUAUAAUGUUCUCCAAAUCUGUAAUGCACUUGGUUAUAGACUCAGUUUGCCAGUAGAGGGCAGUGAAGUCUCGGUCCAACCCCAACAAAUUUCAAACAAAUGCUCAGCUGUGAAGAAUAUGGAACAUUAUAAGAAGGAAUUAUAUCAAUAACAAUGGUCACAAUUCAGUCGAAAUCUGUACAGGCAACAUAACAAUCUAGUAUAUUCAUUCUGCAACACUGAAUAUGAUGGAAGUCUGGUGACCCUUAAAAUGCACAUCAUUCGACUCAAUCAAUACACAUACAUCAUUUCUCUUUCCUUGAGGGCCGUGUGGUGCUGCACAUGGAGCUCUGUGGGUUACUACGCCCUGUUGGCUUUACUUAAAAUGAUUUUGAACACACUUUACUGUGGAGACGUGGCUCUGCGCUCCACUGGCUAAAGUAUGUGAGUUAACUGCACCACGAUCAAUAAGUCUUUGAGGAGGGGGAGGGCUGGGGGGCGAGGAAUUGAUGUCUUCCAUAAAGCUGCCUUGGUCACAUUAAACAAGUCUAGCAUGUGUGCAGGGAUGCUUGGAUAGCGCCAUGCUAGAGGAAUCAUGUUUGAUCACAUCCUGUUAGAAUUGACCAGAAAAGGUUUAAGGGCAUGAGAUAGAUGCUUAAAAUAACUAGAGAUUGAAUGAAGAUUAGAUCAGUUUUGAGAGGAUAAUUUGGGCAUCAUUAUGAUUUUGAGACGGUAAUUUCAAAGUGUUUCGCCGUGUCUCUGCCAAGAUUUUAGUUUUGAUAUCGUUACGAUCAAAAACCUCCAUUUGUUGCAGACAUGCUGUGUAUUUGACUGUAAAUUAAAAACCAUAAAUUGCUUAA